UAGGCACUUACCAAAUUUGUUAUUGGGUUGUGGAUAUAGCAACCAACGGCCAACGAAUUCAUCACUCCUCAAUCCAAAUGAAGUCUCUGAAUGUGAAAAUUGUAUCCCAGAUUGUGUUGCACGACCUCAAAUUGAGAACCCAGUUUUCACCUCUCAGGAACUCGCUUCUCUGCAGUGCUAAAAAUGGCGGCACACUCACUCUCACUUUAUACAGAAAGACUGUAUUUUGUGAGCUCAGAACCUCUGAGAAUAAGAAGAAGAAGAAGAAGACCACAAAUAUUGAGGCACCUGAUCCCGCCGGAGCUCCGCCGCCAAUCAAGAAAGGCCGCCGUUCUUGGAAAUUGAAGGGUUUCCCUAAAAAAGUCGUCUCAAUCCUCUCCAAUUUGCCUCUGGCUAUUGCUGAGAUGUUUGCACUUGCUGCUCUCAUGGCUUUAGGAACGUUCGUUGAACAAGGCGAGGCGCCAAGUUUCUAUUUUGAGAAGUACCCUGAAGAGAAUCCAGUCCUAGGAUUCUUCACAUGGAGGUGGAUUCUUACCCUUGGCUUCGACCAUAUGUUUUCGUCUCCUGUAUUCCUGGGAACCUUGAUUCUCUUGGGAGCAUCACUUAUGGCUUGCACAUACACAACACAGAUCCCCUUAGUGAAGGUAGCAAGAAGGUGGUCUUUCUUACACUCGGCUGACUCAAUUCGUAAGCAGGAAUAUUCUGAUACAUUGCCAAAUGCAUCGGUUCAAGAUUUAGGUGUCAUUCUAAUGGGUGCUGGAUAUGAAGUAUUUCUAAAGGGGCCAUCGUUAUACGCCUUCAGGGGGCUGGCAGGUAGGAUUGCCCCCAUCGGAGUGCAUUUAGCAUUGCUGCUAAUCAUGGCAGGUGGAACUCUAAGCGCUGCUGGAAGUUUUCGAGGCUCUGUAACAGUUCCACAGGGUUUGAACUUUGUUGUGGGGGACGUAUUAGGACCGAGUGGAUUUCUAUCUACUCCUUCAGAAUCCUUCAACACCGAGGUUCAUGUCAAUAGAUUCUCGAUGGACUACUAUGAAAGUGGAGAGGUUUCACAGUUUUUUAGUGAUCUUUCACUCAUUGAUCUUAAUGGCAAGGAGGUAAUGAGAGAGACAAUAAGUGUGAAUCACCCUUUAAGAUACGGUGGAUUCACCAUAUAUCAGACGGAUUGGAGUCUUUCUGCGCUACAAGUAAUGAAGGAUGAUGAAGGGCCAUUUAAUUUGGCUUUAGCGCCACUGCAAAUCAACGGAGACAAGAAGCUCUACGGGACCUUCCUGCCUAUCUCAGACACGGACUCUACUAGUCUUAAGGGAAUAUCAAUGCUAGCUCGUGAUAUGCAAUCUAUCGUCCUUUAUGAUCAAGAAGGAAAGUUCGCUGGAGUCAGACGGCCAAACUCAAAACUCCCCAUUGAGAUUGAUGAUGUGAAAAUUGUUGUGUUAGAGGCAAUUGGAAGUACAGGCCUUGAACUAAAGACUGAUCCAGGGGUGCCUAUUGUUUACGCUGGUUUUGGUGUUCUCAUGCUCACCACCUGCAUCAGCUUUUUAUCUCAUUCACAGAUAUGGGCCUUGCAAGACGGAACAACAGUGGUUAUAGGAGGUAAAACGAAUCGAGCUAAGGGCGAAUUUCCCGAGGAUAUGAACUAUCUACUUGACCAAGUUCCUGAAAUAGUUGAUUCAAAGCAACCCAAAAGCAUGAGUGGCUAGUUUCUACCCAUCAUCAAUGAGAAACUGAAUUGGUACCCUUUUCAUGUUAGUGAUGAAGAAAACGACAUCGUUAUGAUUUAUAUCGAUCGCACUCCGGUGAGGCGUUUGCCUAUUUUCGCUCCAUAUUCAUCUCUUGAGAGAGACUGUUAGAGGCUCUGCUCAUCUCUCAAUAUCAGUGAUCAUAUAUAGCCUUGUAGUAUUAUAUAGUACAUACAUAGAUCGAGAAAUAACAGAUGUUUUGAAAAUCUUUAUUUCAUUUCGUUCUUGAUGUAGUACAACUUGUUGGAAUCGUAUUUGAUCAAUGGACUUUGACCAAUUAUAAAUGCAAUGAGAUAUUUAAUUUUGUAAAA